GCUAUGAGGAAGGCUGGUGUUGCCCAUAAUAAAUCCAGCAAAGAUAUGGAAAGUCAUGUGUUUAUGAAGGCCAAAACAAGGGAGGAAUAUCUUUCUCUUGUGGCCAGACUUAUUAUCCAUUUUCGAGAUAUUCACAAUAAGAAAUCUCAAGCCUCAGUUAGUGAUCCAAUGAAUGCCCUGCAGAAUCUAACUGGGGGUCCCCCAGCAGGAGCACCGGGAAUGGGCAUGGCUUCUCGAGCUCAAGGAGCACCAAUGAGUGGGAUGAGUGGCCUUGGCCCAAUGGGACAACAGAUGAGUCUCCCAGGGCAGCAGCAGCCUCCUGGAACCUCGGGAAUGGCACCUCAUGGUAUGCCAGGUGUCUCUACAGCUACUCAGCAAACCCAACUUCAGCUUCAGCAGAUAGCUCAGCAGCAACAGCAGCAGCAGCAACAAUUCCAGCAGCAGCAGGUGGCUUUGCAGCAGCAGCAAUUCCAGGCCCAACAGUCAGCCAUGCAACAACAGUUUCAGGUGCAGCAGCAGCAGGCAGCAGCAGCUGCAGCAGCCCAGCAGCAGCAGCAGCAGCAACAGCAGUUGCAAGCCGUCCAGCAGCAGCAACAACACAUGCUGAAACUGCAGAUGCAGCAGCAGCAAAACCAACAGCAGAUGCAACAGCAACAGCAGCAGCAGCAACUACAGCGAAUUGCCCAAAUGCAGCAGCUGCAGGCAGCACAGGCUAUGCAGGCGCGCAACCGGCGGCAACAGCAGCAACAAAUACCACAACAACAGAUACAGCAGCAGCCACCUCAACAAGUAAUGCAACAGCAGAUGCAACAGAUGCAGCAGCAACAGCAGCAGCAGCAGCAACAACAACAACAACAACAGGUUGCUCAGGCACAACAGUCUCAGCUUCCACCACAAUCCCAGCCUCAACCCCAGCCCAUGGUAUCUCAGCCACAGGCCAUCUCAGGACAAAUUCCUAGUCAGGUUAUGCCUGUUACUCUUACGCCCCAGCAAUUAAAAGCAAUGCAGGUAAGGGCUAGUGACCAGCUGAUUGUAAGAGCUCAGCUGGUCCAGCAGCAGCAGGCAGCAGCAGCAGUGCAAGCAGCUCAGGCCCAAGCUGCUCAGAUGGGAGCUUCAGGGCAGAUGAUCACCGCACCUAUGGCCCGAGGUGGGAUGCAAAUAAGACCACGGUUCCCGCCUACCACCGCUGUGUCUGCUACACCGCCAAGCUCCAUUCCUUUGGGCGGACAGCAAAUGCCACAGGUCAGCCAGAACAAUAUUACCAUGAUGUCAUCCCCAUCUCCUGUCCAACAAGCUCAAACACCCCAAUCAAUGCCUCCACCACCACAGCCGCAGCCAUCUCCUCAGCCAGGCCAGCCAACUUCUCAGCCAAAUUCAAAUGUCAGCUCUGGCCCAGCUCCAUCACCCAGCAGCUUUCUCCCCAGUCCAUCUCCACAACCAUCCCAGAGCCCAGCAGCUGCACGAACACCUCAGAACUUUAGUGUCCCAUCCCCAGGUCCUUUAAACACUCCAGGAAAUCCAAAUUCUGUCAUGAGUCCAGCCAGUUCUAGCCAGUCAGAGGAGCAGCAGUAUCUGGAGAAACUCAAACAGCUGUCAAAAUACAUUGAGCCACUCCGGAGGAUGAUCAAUAAAAUAGAUAAAAAUGAAGAUAGGAAGAAGGACCUGAGUAAAAUGAAGAGUCUCUUAGAUAUCCUGACUGACCCUUCAAAACGGUGCCCUCUGAAGACACUGCAGAAAUGUGAAAUUGCUCUGGAGAAGCUGAAAAAUGAUAUGGCUGUGCCUACUCCACCGCCUCCCCCAGUGCCCCCCACCAAACAGCAGUACUUGUGUCAGCCUCUUCUGGACGCUGUUCUGGCCAACAUACGUUCACCGGUCUUCAACCAUUCCCUUUACCGUACAUUUAUGCCAGCUAUGACUGCAAUUCACGGACCACCGAUCACGGCUCCAGUUGCUUCCCCUCGAAAACGGAAAUAUGAAGAGGAUGAAAGACAGACCAUACCAAAUGUGUUACAAGGGGAAGUCGCAAGAUUAAAUCCUAAAUUCCUGGUGAACCUGGACCCUUCUCACUGCAGUAAUAAUGGCACAGUUCAUCUCAUAUGCAAGCUAGAUGACAAGAAUCUGCCGAAUGUUCCACCACUACAGCUCAGCGUUCCAGCAGACUAUCCAGAUCAGAGCCCUCUGUGGAUAAAAAACCCUAGACAGUAUGCAGCCAAUCCCUUUUUGCAGUCAGUGUAUCGGUACAUGACUUCAAAACUAUUGCAACUUCCAGACAAGCAUUCAGUCACGGCACUUUUAAACACUUGGGCACAAAGUAUUCGUCAGGCCUGCCUCUCUGCUGCAUAACAUCUCACUUUCUAAAUUGUGAAGCAAGAAAGAAGGUCUCAACAACUGGCCUCUUCCACAUGCUGCUGGAAAAUCACAGGCAUUUUGGGGAGGGUACUUUAGAAGAAAGAAGCCUUAUGUUGUUUUGUUUUCUAGGUGUCAGGUUCUGUAGAGAACCUGAUGUUAGACUUAGCUUUCAUCCUUUUUAUCUUCUCCCUCUGUGGACUUUUGCCAGCAUUUUCAAAUAUACAAAAUGUGUAUAUAUGGUUCUUGAGACUGUAUUAGGAUGAGUUUUUAUUGUCUUCUUAGAGAAGAAAUUAUUUGUGGACUUCCAUCAGGGAGUCUGGUAUAAGAGGGAGUAGGGAGAGAAUGUCCUAAUUUGCUUCAAAGUUUGCUCAGUGCCAGUAUUCCUUUCACACUGUAUGUUUUGUGACCUGACACUGCCCCACAAAUAAAUUAGAAUGCAACUAGAA